CGUUGGUGUGAGGUGGGAGCAAAAAUGACAGCGAUUGGUUGGAUGAGCCUAAGCUCCUGAAGAGGGGGCAGCUGUGGGGGUCUGGUGGAGUAAGGCGCAGCAAGAUGGCGACCGAGACGGUGGAGCUCCACAAGCUGAAGCUUGCUGAACUAAAGCAAGAAUGCCUUGCUCGUGGUUUAGAGACCAAGGGAAUAAAACAAGAUCUUAUCAAUAGGCUCCAGGCAUAUCUUGAAGAACAUGCUGAAGAAGAAGCAAAUGAAGAAGAUGUACUGGGAGAUGAAACUGAGGAAGAAGAACCAAAGCCUAUAGAACUGCCUGUUAAAGAGGAAGAACCUCCUGAAAAAGUUGUUGAUAUGGCAUCAGAAAAGAAGGUGGUAAAAAUUACAUCUGGAAUACCUCAAACUGAGAGAAUGCAGAAGAGGGCUGAACGUUUCAAUGUGCCUGUAAGCUUGGAGAGUAAGAAGGCUGCUCGGGCAGCGAGGUUUGGAAUUUCUUCAGUUCCAACAAAAGGUUUAUCAUCUGACACCAAGCCAAUGGUUAACCUGGAUAAACUAAAGGAAAGAGCACAGAGAUUUGGUUUGAAUGUCUCUUCCAUCUCUAGAAAGGUUUUCCUACAUUUGGAGCUUUUCCUGUGAUCAACUAUCCUACUAAGUAAUCCUUAAUCCUUUUCUAGAUUUUGUAUUCUUAGCGUUGGUGGGUGGUAAUGAGGCUAGUGACCGAGUACAGUGCCUGCCUUGUAUGUGCUUUUCAAGCACUCUACCCUGACCCUAGGUAUAUUCCUAGGUAUUUUCAUAAACACACACACACAGCACACCACAUGCACGCUUGCGCGCGCACAUACACGCCCCACAUGCUCAUUAUUGGCCAGUGGUGAGAAGUGUAAUAGUCUUGAUUUUGAGAAGAUUGUCCCUGAAGUAUGUUGAGACACUAAAGAAGAGUCAGUUUCACUGUGUGUUGUCUCACCCUCUGACACAAGUGGUUACUUUGUGUAACUCUGUCUUUUCUACUAACUGCCCAGUUCCCAGAUAAUGACUUUGAGACUUACUUAUUUAUGAAUAGAUGCCUAGGCCAUAGCUUGGGCUUGUUACCUGAUUAGCUUGUAACUUAUAUAACCUGUUUUUUGUAUUUUAUGUGUGCCACAUGGCUGACCACCUCUCCUCACAGUCUGUAUCUCCCAUGAGACUUCUCCGGAUUCCCAACCUCUUAUUUCCUGCCUCUUGCUAAUUAGGCCAUAAGCUUUUUACUGACAGAUGAUGCUUCCACACGGUACGUAAGAGACUGUCUCUACAGUUUUGAGGGUAUGAGGUAGGAGGGUCAGGAGCUCCUGGUGAUCACUGCAUAGCAAGUCCAAGACUAGAAUGGGCUACAUAAUACACUGUCUCAAAAUUAGAGAGGCAAUGCAGAAUCCUCUGUCUGUUUUUCCUUAUUUUUCUCCACCUGUUUAAGGUUAAAAAUAAAACAAAAACCUAUUCUUUUUACUGGCCUAGUAGAACAAACUUUGAGGGAGGGCAAGGAGCUGAUGAAAGAGAGAUAGAUAGUAGAGGGGACAUUCUCUGACCUCUGUUUAUCCAUUCAUCUGGUCCUUCUGUGGGGUGGGGAACUGAACUGAACUGAACUUGUCCUUUAUCUGUAACAGAGAAAUCUUCUCUUCCUUCCAUUAUUCCCCUCCCCCAACAUUUUCUACUUCUUAUGUACUUCCAGUGAUAUCAUUAUAUGUGCCAUUCAAUUUUAAUUGAACCAUUUGGGUAUAGGAAUUUGGAAGAAGGGGGCAGAAUGGAUUUUUUUUCUUAAAAAGAUAAUCUUAACUUGAACUAAAUUGUAAUGGUUUUUCUUUGCUUUGUUUGUCAUGCUUUCCCACUCCGCCCUAAGAUUAAACAUACUUUAAAAAAAAAAAUUAGGUUUUUUGAGUCAAGGUUUUCUAUAUCCCUGUCUAUUCUAGAACUUGCUCUGUAGGCCAGGCUGGCCUUGAACUCAUUCCCCCCUUCGCUGCCUCCCAAAGUGCUGGGAUUAAAGACACUCACCACCACUCCUGGCAGAUAAGACACACUUAACUUGGCCAUGAUUUAGGGGGGAGAUUGUUUAGGGAUGAGACUGUAGCUUAAUUGGUGGAAUGCUGGAUCACUCAGCUGCAUUCCCACCACUUUGUAAACUGGGUGUGGUGGGGCUUUCCAACAGUAACUCUUAAGAGGUAGAAAUGGAGGGUCUGAGGUUCAGGGUCAUCGCCAGCCACAUUGUGAGGCCAGUUUGGACCCAUGAGACCCAGUCUCAAAGAGACCAGGACGGUUUGAUUUUAAAAUUUGGUGAAGCAAAGUGAAAUUUUGGAUGCUGUAUCAUUAAUAUCAAUAAUUAUGGCUGGUAGAUUGCUCUGUUUUUCAUAAAUUACAUGUCUGGGAAUUUUUUUUUUUUAAUUAUUUUGUGAACACACUGUCACUCUCUUCAGACACACCAGAAGAGGGCAUCAGAUCCCAUUGUAGAUGGCUGUGGCAACCACCAUGUGGUUGCUGGGAAUUGAACUCAGGACCUCUGGAAGAGCAAUCAGUGCUCUUAACUGCUGAGCCAUCUUGCCAGCCCUGGAAAAUUUUGAUAGAACAUUUUUAAGAACUAUAUGGUUGAAACCACUAAGGUCUUCAUAUGUUUUGACUUAUGUUUCAUUUCAUUCACACACGCUAUAAUUUAAGUGCUAUAAGACUCUGUGUAAAAGGAAAUAAUGGGGGCUGGGGAUUUAGCUCAGUGGUAGAGCGCUUGCCUAGCAAGCACAAGGCCCUGGGUUCGGUCCCCAGCUCCAAAAAAAAAAGAACCACAAAAAAAAAAAAAAAAAAAAAGGAAAUAAUGGUGUGUUUGGUUUGGGGCAUGAGGCUAUAUUGUGUGUGUUACUGGGGUGUGUGUGUUACUGGGGGUGUGUGUUACUGGGGGUGUGUGUGUGUGGUUUAAUUUUGUUGGCAGUAUAUAUAGGGCAUUGAACUCUCAGCAAGCACUCUACUAUGGAACUAUAGCUACAAUUCUGAUGGGGUUUUGGUAUGAAAUUGUGCUGUCAAAGAUUCCUGAUCUAUGAAUUGUAGAAGCUUAGAAAAGUUUAAGGUAUUAACACUCAAGAAGCUAAUAUUACUGAUCAUUGUAUUGGUAAGGAGUGUAGUAGUUUAUACACAUGAGUACCAUUCAAAUACAAUUGAUUAAUAACUGACAGCUUCCUCUAAAAGCAGGGUCUCACUGUGUAGACCUGACGAGCCUACAACUAGAUAUGUACACCUAGUUAGCUUUGAACUCAAAGAAGACACUGUCAGAUUUCAGAUUCCCUAGAACAGGAGGUUAUGGAUGGUUUUGAACUACGAUAUAAGUGUUGGGAAUCAAAUGCAAGUCCUUUUCUGAGGGAUAACUUUUAUAGGUGAUCAUAGCAGGCAGGGGAGUGAACCACAAGAGAUGAGGGUGAAAACUUCAUUCAUGUUGACUUCAACCUGGAUCAAGACUUAAGGAGUAUGACCCUAGGCAGUUUACUCCCAACAAAUGUAAUAAACAGUUAUUUAGGAAAGGUUUCCUGGUGUAAUACAAUCUCUAGUGUGUAAGGAACCAUAACUACAUCAAAACACAACUCGGUAUAUAUUUCUUCCAAGAAGAUACCUGUCUAUAGAUAGGCUGCCUGCACUAGCGUAAGGGCCUCAGGAAGGGACUGGCCUGGUAUCAGCCCUACAGAUAACAUGGAGGUCAUUUGGGCUAUUAGCCACCCCUAUUAGUUGUGUUUUGGGGAGCUCAGGAGAGCCUCUGGUUAUACAGAUAAUGAAGGGUCAUUAUACACUGGUCCUAGUUGUAGGAACUUGAUAUGGACUGGCUCUACAGAUAAUGCAGAUCAUUAGGCUAUUAAUUAUUUCCUGUUCCUGGUUUUCUGGAUGUAAAAACGGGGUUUUUACGUCUUUCCUGUCGGAGGAACAAUCCUGCAGUACUUAGCACUCCUGGUUUCUUUGGAGAACUGUGGGCAUAAGUACUUUUGUGUUCUGCUCCCAACACUCUGCAAAAACAAGUGCUCUUAAUGUUGGAGUCAUAUUUCUAGUCCCAUAAUGCCUGUCCUUUUGAUAUUCUGUGAGCCUCACACAAGAGGUUGAUGUGUGGGAAGUCAAGGCCAUGUCGUAUUUAUUUCCCAUUGUCCUCUGGACUCUGCUUUUCAUCCUGCCAUCAGUCACAUCAAUGGUAGGGUGAGGAAAUCUAUCGUAAGGCCCUUUUGCCUUACAACCUUAAAUUCGUUUAGUCUGAGAACUUCUGACAUCUUAAUGCAUAUUAUAAUUCAUUAUAAUUCAUUUAUAGAAAGCACCAGCUACUUAGUUGUUUUAUUUGCUGUGGAUAGAGCUCAGUGGUGAAGCACUAACAUAUUCAAGGGCUCACAUCCUCAUACUGGUGUACAAAAAGGGUGAGAAGACAACUGUCCUAGCUCACACCAAGACUCUUCAGUCAGGCCAAAAGAAUGGUUCCUGAGGGGAGGUUUGCUGUAGUAUCUUAGGUUCCUUCUAUUGACAGAUUUGAAUCUGUCCUGAGGUGGUGUGAGGGCCGAUGGAAGAGUCACUUUGUUGCACUAACCGGCAGAAGGACAAGCAGCUUUGGGCUUUGAAGAUAAUAGUAAGGGUUUUUCUUAUUUGAGUCCAGUAACUACUUUUGUGUUCUUGGGAAUUUCUGAGUUUGAAAUUUUUUAAUGUGCCUGAAUUGCACUUGAGGCUACUGUUGGUUUCUCGGGGUUUCUUUUUAUGAACUAGAGUGGUACUGGCAAGAUUGAAGCCUAUGAAUGUUUGCGUGUUAGAACUCCUGCUCACAGGGCGCAGCUGCAUUACCGUGGCUGACACCCUUUGGCAGAGCAAACAGCCUCAGCACAGUUUAGGAGCAGUGUUUGUGUAUUCAAGAUAAAACUAGCAAAGUUUGAAAAAUGUUCUUUUAAAUUUGGUCUUCACUUUAAAGUUGAGUUUGGAAAUGAACAAAAGUUUAAACUCAUUUUUGGAUAGAGAUAUUAAUGUUGGUAUUCUGCUGGAAAAAGGAGACAGUCACUUUUUUAAAAAUCUGCUGUAUUAGCUGCCAAUUACUGCAGGUGUAAUCUACUGUGUACUUAAUUCCUAGCCGUAAUUUAGGUUGCUGUAACCUUGGGGUUACCCUCUCCACCUCACUCAGAGACUUCGUAUUUCAUGAAUUAAUGCUUAGGUCAUAAACUUUUGCUCUAUUCCCCAGACUAGCUCAUAUCUCAAUAAUCCAGUUUAUUCUAGUUCUUCCACUGGUUAGUUACCUUUCUUCAGGUUUAUCAUCUAUCUCCUCCCACCUCUGACUCUUUCCUAUAACCCCAAACCCCUUACUGGAACUCCCACCUCCCAUUUCCUGCCUCGGCUCAUUGGCCAUAGGCUUUUUAUUGAUAGGUUAUGCUUUUACACAAUUCACAAAGAUGAUUUCUGUACCCGGAUGCAGUGGAAACUUGUCAAGAGCUCUUGAAUAUGUACUUAUAAUCUAGUGCCUCCAUUUUGCUCCCUUAGGACACUUGAGAUAAUUUAAAACAAUCCCUGUGUAUUUAGGGCAGGGAAAAUUAUGUUUUGUUAAUGUUUCGGUUUUGUUUGUUUUGAGAUACUGUGUGGUUCUGGCUGUAUUGGAGCUUACACUGUAGACCCAACUGAUCUUGAACUCAUAGAAGUCCUCCUGCCUCUGUCUCCCAGGUCCUAGGAUUAGAAGCAUGCCCUUUAUACCACGCUUGGGUGGAGUAAAUUCUGCAGCCAUAUCAUUUUGCUCUCAAGUACUUGCCUCUGAUACUGGUUUUAUUCUCUCUGGAUUUCAAAGUGUUUCUUUCUUCCAUCUCAGUACUUGUGGCUUUUCUUCUUUCCUUCUCCUUCUCCUUUCUACAGUAUCAUGGACUAAACCCAAGGCCCCAAAGAGGCUAGGCAAAUGCUGUUACCACUAAAUUACAUUCCUAACCCUUUCUAGACCCUGCAGAUGCUCAUGUGCUUCAGAAAAACCUCAAAGUCCCAUCUGGGCAAAUGCACAUACACAAAAGAAACGACUGAGCAAAUUACAAAUGAACUUCCAAAGUGGAAGCUUGAAGGUUCUUUGGAAAGUCGGUUGGAUGGUGUUUCGCUGGGGCAGACAUGUGAAGGAACGUUUGAUUGAAGUGGACAUAGGUAAAAGGCUAAGGCAGACUCAUGAAGGAAUGUUUAGCUAAAGUAGACAUAGAUGAAGGAUGUUCUGUUACAGUAAGUACAUGCAAGGACAUGUGAUAAAAGGUUUUUUGUUAACAACAUACACGUAUUGGUCUUAUAUUGUGGAGUUGGGUUGAACUUGUUGGGACUCUAUAGAGAGAACACAUCAAAAAUCUUUGGUAUUGUGUUAUAGUGUUUGUCACUUCCGUGGGUUCAGGCUGAUUGACAGAUUGAUGUUAGCAGAGACAGAUGUAGAUAUUGAAGCAAGACAUAUGCUGAGGCAAGGCCUGUGGAGGACAUGUCAUGUUUGGAGGGUAUAAGUAGAACUCAAUGGACGGUGACGGAGGCUGAACAUGGCUUGUUUAUAGAGCUAGCUGUGUAACGCUUGUGGAUCUCACAUCUUUGUUGAUCUUUGUUUUUCUGAAAAGGCGUAGCUGAGAACUUUUCUUGGCACUUUUCUUGGUCUCUCUUGUUGACUCGUGUUGACUCCUGGAUGUCUCUGCUAGGUUGUUUCAUCAUGGUCGCUUUCUUUGUUACCCUGACUCCUGAGUGAGACUUGGUGUGUCUGUGAAGUGUUUGCAAGUAGAUCGAGCUUCUGUCUUUAACAGUAAACUGAACUGUCGAGUUUUAGACAGCAUAGCUGACAGUUGCUCCAAAGAACCUUUCUAAACAGACUUCCCCAUAUCCUUUCUUUUCUACUGCCUCUGUUGGGUGGUGGGCUAAAAGAGAAGUUAAAGUGUUUAAGAAAUUAUAAACUUGCACUUGCUUCUUGCCAAGUGAAGAAAAGACCCUUUUUUUUUUUUCAUGGCUCUAAGUUUAUUGUUAGAGUGCUUUCAAGAUAAUUUAUUAAGAUAAUUAAUGUACAACAGUCCAGGUUACUUACGUAGUUAGAUGGUGAAAACAUUGAGGGAGAAAAAUGUUAAUUGGAAGUAGAAACUGCCUUUAUUUUUUGUGUUUCUUUAAUCAUUUCCAAGAUUGUGGUAAGGCAAAAUCUUUUUCUCCAUUCGACCUUUGCUGUGAAACUAUUCAGUCUAAAGGGUAUUUUCUUGAAUAUUAAAUUCUGCUAAGGGGACUGGAGAGAUGGCUCAGUGGUUAAUAACACUUCCAGAGGUCCUGAAUUCAAAUCCCAGCAACCACAUGGUGGCUCACAACCAUCUGCAGUAUGACCUGAUGCCCUCUUCUGGUGUGUCUGAAGAGAGCUCCAGUGUACUCAUAUACAUAAAAUAAGUAAAUAAUUUUUAAAAUUCUAUAGGACAUCUAGCUGAUAUGCUUAUUUGCAGGUAAAGUGCCACUUACACUUUGGAAAAUUGAAUAGAAGGGAUUAAUUUAGAUUGUGUAAAGCCACAGAUAAGGUAUUUUCCUACAUUAUACCUGUAUUUUGUGUGUGUGUGUGUGUGUGUGUGUGUGUGUGUGUGUGUGUGUGUGUGUGUGUGUGGGCUGCAGAGUGAAACCCUGAUAAAAACCAAACCCAACAACAGUAACCAUUACAAUACAGUACAGUACAAGACAGUGCAAUACAAUGCAACAGAACACAACCAGUGUGUCAUGUUUACCUGAUAUGAUAGUUCUUACAUGUGAAACACCUUUUUGUACAUGUGAUUUAGAACACUCUUGAGGGUCUUAGUCAUUCCUUCAAUGGGUCCUUUUCCUUAAUAGUCCUUGAAGACAUUGUAAAUGUAAAAGGAAAACAAGGAUUAGAAGUCAGUUUUGAAAAACCUUGGUUUGCACUGCUGCAGAGGACCUGAGUUAUAUUCCCCAAACCUAUGUGGGCAAUUUAUAAAGGCCUUGAAGUCACAAUUUCAGGGAGUCUGAUGCCCUCUUCUGGCCUCCUCAGGCGUGUACAAAUUAUUCACACAAUUUAAAAAUAAAAAUAAACCUUCAAAUAAAAUACAUGUUUAAAAACAGUGAUAGUGAUUCGUGAAAGCUUAGCAAAUGCAGAUUACACCUUCUUCUCUGCUCUCUUUUUUCUUUCUCCUUUUCCUCUCUUUUGGCAAUGGUCUCAUUCUAUAGCCAAGGCUUGUCUUAAGGUUGUGAUGGCUCUCAUUGUACUGAGUGCUAGAGUUACAGGCAUGAGCCGCCCUGUCCUGUUCUGUUGAUUUCACUCUCUCUCUCCUUAUUUCAUAUAUAUAUAUAUGUUUGUUUCAUAUAUAUAUAUAUAUAUAUAUAUAUAUAUAUUGUUUUGUUUUUUUUUUUAUUUUUGUUUUUUUUGAGACAGAGUUUCUCUUUGUACUGGAGGCUAUCCUGGAACUCCCUCUGUAAACCAGGCUUGCUUCAAACUCUGAGAUCCAUCUGCCUUUGCCAGCCCAAGUGCUGGGACUAAAGGAGCGCCCAUCACUUCCUGGCACUGGUCAUUUUUCUUGUGUGAGUUUUUUUACUCCCUCUAGCAGGAGGGUCCCGGAGACUGAACUCAGAUCAUCAGACUUGACAGCAAGGGCCUUUACCUGCUCAGCCAUCUUGCCACCACCCCUGUUCUUUUUUUUUUUUUUUUCUUCUUUUUUUCGGAGCUGGGGAUCAAACCCAGGACCUUGCGCUUGCUAGGCAAGCGCUCUACCACUGAGCUAAAUCCCCAACCCCACCCCUGUUCUUUUUAUAUGGGUACACACUCAUCUUCUGUACAAUUAUUAAAUCAUAAAUGAGAUUUUUGUGUGUCUUGCUUGUGUCCCUCCCCUCCCCCCCUCCUCCCCCCCCUCCUCUCCCCCCUCUCUCCCCUUAUCUCAUGGUGGCACUUACCUGCAAUAGAAGCACUUGGGAAGAGGAUCUAGAGUUCGAGGCCAGCCUAGGCUACAGAAAACCUUCUCAAAAAAACCAAAGGGUUGGGGUGAGGAUUCAGUGAGUAAAGGCACUCAUGACCUGAGUUCCACUCCCACAGUGCACAAAAAGUGGAAGAAAACCAACAGUACAGAGGUGACCUAUGACCUCAGGUGCCCCCAUAAGUACAUUAGUACAUAAUACUAAUGCACAGUUAGCGCAUAGUACUAAUAACAAUGUAAUAAUAGUAAUAAAUACCAACAAAUGGGGCUGGCUCCUUAUGUUCCAGAUGAAUGUAGGUUUUAUAGUGGGAUUUGUAAAGAAGUAACGCCGAGGUUUGUGAUUUCCAUAAUGCCGUUUCAGCUCUAGUUUAUCAUUUGUGUCUUGAGUCUGUUCAGGUGCUUAUUUUGGGUGGCAUUAAAGUCUUUUUAAAAAGUUCAUAGUGGUAGUUACUGUUGGUCUAGUCCUUCCUCCUACCAAUGAAAAUGUUCUUUUGAUUCCCCCUAAAAACUGGCUGGUUUUUUUUUUUUUUUUUUUUUUUUUUUUUAAGAAAAAAAGUCGGGCUGGAGAGAUGGCUCAGUGGUUAAAAGCACUGACUGCUCUACCAGAGGUCCUGAGUUCAAUUCCCAGCAACCACAUGGUGGCUCACAACCAUCUGUAAUGGGAUCCGAUGCCCUCUUCUAGUGUAUCUGAAAGACAGAUAUGAAAUAAAUAAAUGUUUUUUAAAAAAAAAGAAAGAAAUCUCCAUUUAGUUUUUCUUUGUUUUUUGUUUUGUUUUGUUUGUUUGUUUGUUUUCUCUCCUCCAAGACAGGGUUUCUCUGUGUAGCUCUGGCUGUACUGGAACUCAGUCUGUAGACCAGGCAGCCUCAAACUCACAGAGAUCUGACAGCCUCUGUCUCCCCAGUGCUGGGACCGGUGGUAAGUGCCACCACACCCAGCUUUCUUUAGUUUUUAAUCUUAAUGGCAAUCAGCAAAAACUUGGGUGCCUUGCCUUGGGUGCUGAAGAUGUAGUGGGGUUUUUGGUUGGAAAGCUUUUAAUAAUGGAUUCUAUUUCAGCAGAUGAAGAGCCGGUUAGCACAGUUAGUGCAGAUUCAUCUGGGAAAGGUCACCUCGAGGUCACUGUUGGAGUCUUUCCCCACAGACUUAGAAAGUACAAAGCAGUUUUGGUGUGACAGGAGAUAGGACCCUAGUAUUGACACGGUGAUAUGACUACUGUGGGUGUGGGUAAAAAUAAUUGACAGGGACUUCUAGGUCAUGAUCUUGUUAUCUCUCUGCUUUGGGAAUUAAAUGCAGCUUUGGAAAAUUGAUGUGUUUAUGUAAAACAGCAAAUUAGGAAAAGUGUUUUCUUAAGUGUUUAGGAUUCCACUCCUGGCUGAUUCUGCUGCUUACAGUUAGUGAGAUUUGUUCUAUAAGGUACUUAAUCUCUUUAAGCCUGACUUUCCUGUUUAUGAAGUGAAAUUGUUUCUGGUGCCUGAUUCAUAGGAUUAUUAUAAGAUUGAGAUACUGUGUAUAACACCAAGCAAAUAGAAGCAUGCAGAUUAGUAUUUUGGUCAAGAACAAGACCCUUUUUUUCCUUAGAAGCUGCUUGCCCUUUUUAGUAGUUGAGUAAUCUGAUGAAUACCUACUGUAGACUCAGUUUUGGUGAUACUAGGAGCGUAAUGGUUUCUUCUGAUAAUGCCCAGUGGUUAAGUGGUUGUGUAGCAUUCAUCCCUGUCUCGUAGCCCCUAAGAAACCUUGACUGUACUCACUAGAAAAGAAGUUGCAAAGGGAGGAAAAUAAGCUGACAGUCUAAGAUCUGGCUGGUGCUCGCUCGGUCGCUCUGGCUGUUUGAAGAGGUGGGCUAAAUUGAGUGAGCACAGAAUGCUGGAUAGCUGCCCUGACUGCCUAGAGAAAUGGCUGCUAUGAUCACAGGGACAAAGGCAGUUUGUUGGUUGGGACUCAAGUAUAAUGUAUUGGAACAUCCCUGUGCAUCUGUAGGCCUCUUGAUUAUCUUUGCUUUGGCCUCUGGUUUUGGAAUACUCAGAGACAUGCCUGUAGAUAUGAAUUCUUGGGAUUUAAACAAAAAUAUAAAGUUUAAACAAGAAUCUAACCUAGAAGAAUCUCACAGAAGCACAUUCAAAAAUGAGAACAAAAAGCCUGGCUCGGCACCUCCUGCCUGCCUUUGAUCCCAGCAAGAGGAGCUCGGCUGUGUAGAAAAUUCCAGGACAGGUAGGGCUACAUAAAAAGACCGUCUCAAACAAACAAACUAAAGGACUAUACCAACUGCUUUCUUCAGCACUGUUUAUGGAGAACCAGCAUAUACUUAGGUCAGAACCUAAAAAACACUUAGUUAUUUAUCCUAUUUUGUUAUCUCCUCUUUUACCAUCUUUCCUAACUAUGCCUAGUCACCAGCAGCUGAGGCCUCAGCACCCCCCGCCCAGGCUGCUGAGGUUACAGGGUGUGGUAGGCCCACCUUACUCUGCUGUAGCCUGCUUCUCUAAACCACUGCCGGAGAAGGGCCAGCUCCCACCCACUCGGUGUAAGCUGAGAUCGUCUCCCCAGUUCCGAGGUAGAUUGGAGUUCACAACUGCUUGGAGAGUAUCUAGGGCCUCUGGCAGAUGGUUAUACUUGCCUCUUGUCUUUUCGUGGGCAGGAGAAACAGCUUAGUAGUUACAAGCACACUGGCUGCUCUUCUUGAGGCACAGGUUCAGACCUGCAAGUGGUUUACAGCAAAGUAAAACAAAGUACGGUUCCAGGAGAUCCCACACCCUCUUCAGGUCUCUGCUCACUAACACACAUAUGAUGACAGGCAUGUUCAGGGAAAACACAUAAAAUAAUCGUUAGAACUUUUUAAGUUUCAUAUUAUUUAGAGCUUUCUGUGACUUUACUGGAUAGUUCAAGCAAGCCCUUGACUUUCUUAGCAAAUUUUUCACAGGACAACUUGGAAGGAAUCAGUUCUUUCCUACUAUGUGGGUACCAGGAAUCAUGCUCAAGUGGACAGAUGUGACAAGGGCUUUUAUCAGUCAAGCCCUCUGGCUGGCUGCACUGUGUCUUCUGUCUGUCUUUGGCCUGCACAGAGCUUGCCGAGUAGGUUAGGGUGACUUGGAGCCAGUAAACCCCUAGAGAUCCAUCCUCCUGUCUCUUUUGAUUCAGCUCCUUACCCAGUGUUUUAUGUGCCGGGUGCCGGGAUUGAACUUAUAUACAGCAAAUACUUCACUGUGACUCAGCCAUCUUAGACUUUAGUUAUGUCUCUCACAGUGGCCAGGAACUCACUGUGUAGCACAGUCUUCCUGAUUCUUUCUCCUAAAUGCCGGUAUUAGACCCACUACUAUGAGGGUUGGGGAUUUAGCUCAGUGGUAGAGCGCUAAGGCCCUGGGUUUGGUCCCCAGCUCCAAAAAAAUAAAAAAUAAAAAAUAAAAAAAAUAAACCCACUACUAUUCAUCACCAUGCCUGACCUUUUCACUGGACUUAGAGGGAACGAGGCCCUACUUAAAAGUCUUUAGUCGUUCUCAGUCCUAUAUCUUAACAGUCUUGUCUCCUAUUACUGUAAGAAAACACUGGAGGCUGAGUAACUUGAUAAAGAAACUUGCUUAUUAGCUCAUUGUUUUAGAGGCUGAAAGUUCAAAUAGCAACAUGGGUCCCACAUCUCCUGGUUGCCUUACAUCAUGGCUGGAAUGUUUUGGGAUGGGGAAAAAAAUCACAUUUCCAAACAGGAAGUGAAAACAUGACUCAGGUUAGAUAAGAUUUUUUUUCCCUUUGAAUAAUUUGUUUUUACAAGAAUCAACUUAUAGGGGUUGGGGAUUUAGCUCAGUGGUAGAGCGCUUGCCUAGCAAGCGCAAGGCCCUGGGUUCGGUCCCCAGCUCCGGGAAAAAAAAGAAAAAAGAAAAAGAAAAAAAAAAAGAAUCAACUUAUAGUUCUAUGAGAACCUUAAUCCUUUCUGAAAUGAUACCAUCCCUGACCUUGACAACUCCUGUUAUGUGCAAUCUCCUUUUUUUCCUAGUCUAAUUCAUUUUUUAAAAGGUUUUUUUUUUAAGGUUUAUUUUUUUGUGUGUAUGAGUACAAUGUUAUUGUUUUCAGACACACCAGAAAAGGGCAUCAGAUCCAAUUGCAGAUGAUUGUGAGCCACCAUGGUUGCUGGGAUUUGAAUUCAGGACCUCUGGAAAAGCAGUCAGUGCUCUUAACCGCUGAGCCAUCUCUCCAGCCCUCAAAGUUUUUUUUUAAUUGACAUUUUAUUUAUUUACAUUUCAAAUGUUAUCCCAUUUACCGGUUUCCCCUCCACAGAAAGUCCCAUCCCAUCCCUCCUCCCCUUACUUCUAUGAGGGUGCUCCCCUACACACUACUGCCUCCCCACCCUGGCAUUCUCUUAUACUGGGGCAUUGAGCCUUCACCAGGACCAAGGGCCUCUCUUCCCAUUGAUGCAAAACAAGGCCAUCCUCUGCUGCAUAUGCUGCUGGGACCAUGGGUCCCUGUAAGCAAGCACUUCUUGGAAUCUGCAAUAUUGCUUAGGUUUGGUUCCUGUAUAUGGAAUGGAUCCCAAAGUGGGGCAGUCUUUGGAUGGCCUUUCCUUCAGUUUUUGUUCCACACUUUGUCUCUACAUUUCCUUUAGACAGGAAGAAUUCUAGGUUAAAAAUUUGGAGAUGAGUGGGUAGCCCCAUCCCCCAACCCAGGGGCCUUACCUAACCUCAGGAUAUGGUCUCUACAGGUUCUCCCUCCCCUUUGUUGGGCAUUUCAGCUAAUUUCAUCCCCAUUGGGUCCUGGGAGCUUCUUGCUUUCCUGGCAUGUGGUACUUGCCCCCCAGUUCUACGUCCCCCAUUGCUACACUCCUCUGUUCAAAUUUCUGACCCUCUGUAUAUCAUCCUCUUCCCAUUCCUGAUCCUGCCCCCCUUUAUCCUCCCCCACCUCUCUUCCUCCCAUGUUUCUCCUACCUUCUACCUCCCAUGAGUAUGUUGUUCCCCCUUCAAAAAAGGACUGAAGCAUCCAUAAUUUGGUCUUUUUUCUUGAGCUUCAUGUGGUCUGUGAAUUGUAUCUUGGGUAUUCUGAGCUUUUGGGCUAAUAUCCACUUAUCUGAGAGUGCAUACCAUGUGUGUCAGUUUUAUACCUAGCCACUUUGCUGAAGUUGUUUAUCAGGUUUAGGAGUUCUCUGGUGGAAUUUUGUGGGUCAUUUAAGUAUACUAUCCUAUCAUCUGUAAAUAGUAAUAGUUUAAUUUCUUCCUUUCCAGUUUGUAUCCCUUUGACCUCCUUUUGUUGUCUAAUUGCUCUGACUAGGACUUUGAAUUUGUUUGUAUAGUGGAUUAUGUUGAUGGAUUUCGUAUAUUGAACCAUCCCUGCAUCCCUGGGAUGAAGCCUACUUGAUCAUGAUGGAUGAUCAUUUUGAUGUGUUCUUGGAUUCUGUUUGGGAGAAUCUUAUUGAGUAUUUUUGCAUCAAUAUUCACGAGGGAAAUCCAUCUGAAGUUCUUUUUCUUUGUUGGGUCUUUGUGUGGUUUAGGUAUAAGUGUAAUUGUGGCUUCGUAGAACGAAUUUGGUAGUGUUUCUUCUAUUUCUAUUUUGUGGUAUAGUUUGAAGAGUAUUGGUAUUCGGUCUUUGAAGGUCUGAUAAAAUUCUGCACUAAACCCAUCUGGUCAUGGACUUUUUUUUGUUGGGAGACUUUUAAUGACUGCUUCUAUUUCUUUAGGAGUUAUGGGGCUGUUUAGAUGAUUUAUCUGAUCCUCAUUUAACUUCGGAACCUGGCAUCUGUCUAUAAAAUUGUCCAUUUCACUCAGAUUUUCCAGAUUUGUUAAGUAUAGGGUUUUGUAGUAGGAUCUGAUGAUUUUUUUUUAAUUUCUUCAGUUUCUAUUGUUAUGUCUCCCUUUUCAUUUCUGAUUGUGUUAAUUUGGAUACUGUCUUUGUGCCCUCUGGUUAGUUUGGCUAAAGGUUUGUGUAUCUUGUUGGUUUUCUCAAAGAACCAGCUCCUGGUUUUGUUGAUUCUUUGUGUAGUUCUUUUUGUUUCUACUUGGUUGAUUUCAGCCCUGAGUUUGAUUAUUUCCUGCCUUCUUCUCCUCUUUGGUGUGUUUGCCUCUUUUUGUUCUAGAGCUUUUAGGUGUGCUGUCAAGCUGCUGAUGUAUGCUCUUUCCAAUUCCUUUUUGGAGACACUCAGAGCUGUGAGCUUUCCUCUUAGCACUGCUUUCAUUAUGUCCGAUAAGUUUGGGUAUGCUGUGCCUUUAUUUUCAUUAAAUUCUAAAAAGUCUUUAAUUUCUUUCUUUAGUCCUUCCUUGGCCAAGUUAUCAUUGAUUAAAUCGUUGUUCAGCUUCCAUGUGUAUUUGGACUUUCUGUUGUUUUUGUUGUUAUUGAACACCAGUCUUAGUGCAUGGUUAUCUGAUAAGAUGCAUGGGGUUAUUUCAACCUUCUUGUAUCUGUUGAGGCCUGUUUUGUGUCCAGUCAUAUGGUCAGUUUUAGAGAAGGUAACAUGAGGUGCUGAGAAGAAGGUAUAUUCUUUUGUUUUAGGAUGAAAUAUUGUGUAGAUAUCUGUUAAAUCUACUUGGUUCAUAACUUCUGUUAGUUUUACUGUGUUUCUUUUUGGUUUCUGUUUCUAUUGAUGCGAGUGGGCUGUUGAAGUCUCCCACUAUUACUGUGUGAGGUGCAGUGUGUGCUUUGAGCUUUAGUAAGGUUUCUUUUAUGAAUCUGGGUGCCCUUGCAUUUGGAGCAUGGAUAUUCAGAUUGAGAGUGCAUCAUGGUAGAUUUUUCCUUUGACAAGUAUUAAGUGUCCGUCCUUAUCUUUUUUGAUAACUUUUGAUUGAAAGUCUCAUUUUAUUCGAUAUUAGAAUGGCUGCUCCAGCUUGUUUCUUGGGACCAUUUGCUUGGAAAAUUUCUUUCUAGCCUUUUACUCUGAGAUAGUGUCUGUCUUUGUCACGGAGGUACAUUUCCUGCAUGCAGCAAAAUACUGGAUCCUGCUUAUGUAUCCAGUCAGUUAGUCUGUCUUUUUAUGGGGUUGAGUCCAUUGAUGUUGAGAUAUUGUAUCCAGUCAGUUAGUCUGUCUUUUUAUGGGGAUUGAGUCCAUUGAUGCUGAGACAUUAAGGAACACUGAUUGCUGUUUCCUGCUAUUUUUGUUGUUAGAGGUAGAAUUAUUGGUGUGGGUAUCUUUUGGGUUUUUUGAAAGAAACUUGCUUUUUUCUUUUUUCUCCAUCUUUAUUAAAUUGGGUGUUUCUUAUUUACAUUUCAGUUGUUAUUACCUUUCCUGGUUUCCAGGCAAACAUCCCCCUAAUCCCUCCCCCUCUCCUUCUUUAUGGGUGUUCCCCUCCCAACCCUCCCCCCAUUGCCGCCCUCCCCCCACAGUCUAGUUCACUGGGGGUUCAGUCUUGGCAGGACCCAGGGCUUCCCCUUCCACUGGUGCUCUUACUAGGAUAUUCAUUGCUACCUAUGAGGUCAGAGUCCAGGGUCAGUCCAUGUACAGUCUUUAGGUAGUGGCUUAGUCCCUGGAAGCUCUGGUUGCUUGGCAUUGUUGUACAUAUGGGGUCUCGAGCCCCUUCAAGCUCUUCCAGUUCUUUCUCAGAUUCCUUCAACGGGGGACCUAUUCUCAGUUCAGUGGUUUGCUGCUGGCAUUCGCCUCUGUAUUUGCUGUAUUCUGGCUGUGUCUCUCAGGAGCGAUCUACAUCCGGCUCCUGUCGGUCUGCACUUCUUUGCUUCAUCCAUCUUGUCUAAUUGGGUGGCUGUAUAUGUAUGGACCACAUGUGGGGCAGGCUCUGAAUGGGAGUUCCUUCAGUCUCUGUUUUAAUCUUUGCCUCUCUCUUCCCUGCCAAGGGUAUUCUUGUUCUUUUAAAGAAGGAGUGAAGCAUUCGCAUUUUGGUCAUCCUUGAGUUUCACGAGUUCUGUGCAUCUAGGGUGAUUCGAGCAUUUGGGCUAAUAUCCACUUACCAAUGAGUGCAUACUAUAUGUGUUUUUCUGUGAUUGGGUUACCUCACUCAGGAUGAUGUUUUCAAGUUCCAUCCAUUUGCCCAUGAAUUUCACAAAGUCAUUGUUUUUGAUAGCAGAGUAGUAUUCCAUUGUGUAGAUGUACCACAUUUUCUGUAUCCAGGUUUUUUUCCAGCUUUUUCUAGGGUGUACUUUCCCUCCUUUUUUUUUUUUUUUUGGUUCUUUUUUUCGGAGCUGGGGACCGAACCCAGGGCCUUGAGCUUCCUAGGUAAGCGCUCUACCACUGAGCUAAAUCCCCAGCCCCUGUAGUUUCCCUCCUUGUAUUGGAGUUUUCCAUCUAUUAUCCUUUGCAGGGCUGGAUUUGUAUAAAGAUAUUGUGUAAAUUUGAUUUUGUCAUGGAAUAUCUUGGUUUCUCCAUCCAUGUUAAUUGAGCAUUUUGCUGGAUACAGUAACCUGGUCUGGCACUUGUGUUCUCUUCGGGUCUGUAUGACAUCUGCCCAGGAUCUUCUGGCUUUCAUAGUCUCUGGUGAGAAGUCUGGUGUAAGUCUGAUAGGUCUGCUUUUAUGUGUCACUUGACCUUUUUCCCUUACUGCUUUUAAUAUUAUUUUUUGACUUUGUGCAUUUGGUGUUUUAAUUAUUAUGUGACAGAAGGAAUUUCUUUUCUGGUCCAAUCUAUUUGGACUUGCUUCUUGUAUGUUUAUGGGCAUCUCUUUCUUUAGGUUAGAGAAGUUUUCUUCUAUGAUUUUGUUGCAGAUAUUUACUGGCCCUUUAAAUUGGGAGCCUUCACUCUCUUCUAUACCUAUUAUCUGUAGGUUUGAUCUUCUCAUUGUGUCCUGGUUUUCCUGGAUGUUUUGGGCCAGGAGCUUUUUGUGUUUUACAUUAUCUUUGACAGUUGUGUUGAUGUGUUCUAUGGUAUCUUUUGCCCCUGAGAUUCUCUAUUCUAUCUCUUGUAUUUUGUCGGUGAUGCAACUCUGACUCCUGAUCUCUUUUCUAGGUUUUCUAUCUCCAGGGUUAUCUUCUUUGUGAGUUUUUAUUGUUUACUAUUAUUAUUUAUUUCCAUUUUUAAAGCCUGGAUGGUUUUCUUCAAUUUCUUUACCUGUUUGGUUGUGUUUUUCUGUAAUUCUUUAAGGGAUUUUUGUGUUUCCUCUUUAAGGGCUUCUACUUGUUUACCUGUGUUGUCCUGUAUUUCUUUAAGGGAGUUGUUUAUGUCCUUCUUAAAGUCCUCUAUCGGACUGGAGAGAUGGCUCAGUGGUUAAGAGGACCAACUGCUCUUCCAGAGGUCCUGAGUUCAAAUCCCAGCAACCACAUAGUGGCUCACAACCAUCUGUAAUGGGAUCUGAUGCCCUCUUCUGGUGUGUCUGAAGACAGCUACAGUGUACUUAUAUAUAAUAAAUAAAAAAUAUUUUAAAAAAGUCCUCUAUCAUCAUUGUAAAAUGUGAUUUUUAAAUCCAAAUCUUGCUUUUCUGGUAUGUUGGGGUAUCCAGGACUUGCUGUUGCGGGAGAACUGGGUUCUGAUGAUGCCGAGUAGCCUUGGUUUCUGUUGUUUAGAUUCUUGCGCUUGCCUCUCCAUAUCUGGGUAUCUCUGGUGUUAGUUGAUCCUACUGUCUCUUGACUGGAGCCUGUGAUCUUAGGUGUAUCAGCACUCCUAGACCAGCUCUCCCAAGGCAGGAUUUGGGUAAGGAGGGCUGUGGAACAGCCUUAGCUCCAGGGCACAGGUGGAGAUGCUAUGUCUGGCCUCUUAAAGGUCUCACCACUUCCCGCCACUGUCACGUUUCUAGUCCCAGACUUAGAACACACAAGUUCUUGGGGCCAAAGUGUAGCUAAACCGUAUUACGAGGUGGUGUAUUUUCUGUUUGUUUAGUUUUUGUUUGUUUCUGUUUUUUCAAGAAAGGGUUUCUCUGUGUAUCUCUGGUUGUCCUGAACUUGCUCUGUGGACCAGGCUGCCCUCAAACUCACAGAGAUCCACCUGCUUUUUCCUCCCAAGUGCUGGGAUUAAAUGUGUGUGCCACCAUGUCCAGGUGAUUAUUUUCUUUUCUAUCUUUCACAUUUGUGUGAUCUUCGGCUCCUGAUAUAAGGUUGGCUCACAUAUUGUAACCGAUAAAUUACAGUUUUUAUUCCUGUAAACUUGUAAAUAGAGACUAACUUGUUUUGCUGUUGUCUUGGUCCGUUGACAGUCUGAGGAUGAUGAGAAGCUGAAGAAACGGAAGGAGAGAUUUGGAAUUGUGACAAGUUCAGCUGGAACUGGAACCACAGAGGAUACAGAGG